AUGAUGAGCAAGCGCUCAUUCGAGGAUUCAAGGGAUGGGUUAUCCGAUCAUAAUGGUCUGCCCAUCCAAGAUCUACUCUCCCCUGAUGAACAGGAAGCUGCCGCCACCGGCAAUUCAAAAAAGCCCCGGAACUUCAUCGCCACGGUGGCGUGUGAGACCUGUCGGUUGAAGAAAACAAGAUGUGACGAAUCAAGGCCGAAAUGUGGACUUUGCAAGUCCCUGGGUCUAGAUUGUGUCUACAAUGAGCGAAAAUCAUCAAAACGAGACCAAUCACUCACAAUGAUUAUGAGUACAUUGCAUCGACUAGAGACUAAGUUGGAGAGCAUUCCAAAGUCUGUAGUCAAUGAUCUUCAGUCUCUCCGAGGCCAGAUGCGUCAGGUCUCGGGAAAUGGGCUAGAAUCGCAUCAGUCGCCCGCGUUUGUGAGCAAUAGUCGCCGCAUUACGGCUAUGUCAUCUUCUUUUACCCCUGCUCGGGAGGAAGAUGAAUUCGAUUGGGAAGAUAGAGAGCCUGCUCCAGAUCAAAAUGGUCGGAUCUCUAUCUCAUUCAGUCAGCACGGAGUCAUCCUCUGGCCUGGUGCGCGCCAAGUUCUUCCCGAUCAGCUACUGGGGGCCUAUGAAUUGCUGGGUAAGAACUACGUCGUUGAAUUAGAAUCUUCACGGCGACCAUUGCCAAUGUUUACAACGCCAUAUCCUGUGCAUGCGGGGAGCCAAUGGCUCGAGACCGUACCUUUUUCCAUGGUCAAAGGCCUGGCAGAUGCAUUCUUUAGUGUCUUCAAUCCCUUUACACCAGUUAUGGACAAGAGCUUUUUCUUCUCGUUUACCGUUGGUACGGCCCUCGAAACAGGAUUCGGGUAUACGAUGGAGAGUUGCGUUGUUCUAUGUGUCAUGGCCCUGGGUUGUUUGGCGGUUCUUGCCCAUCAAGAAGGUAACUACCCUUUACCGGGAACCCAAAGUCAUCGAUUUGAGCCUCCCGAAUGGAUGAAUGUGGUUAUUGAAGAGCAGCCUGGUCUGCGCUUUUUCAACGAAGCCCGUCGACGUAUUGGAUUCAUGAUGUGCGACAAUGACCUCCAAAGUUGUCAAUUCUACCUCCUUUCAUCUGUAUACUAUGGCCAAAUCCUACGUCCCAUGGACUCUUGGGCAAUGAUUCACCGGGCCGCAACUUGUUGCUUGUCUAUGUUAACCAAUCACAAUGUCAAUUUUGAUGAGUGGGAAGGCGAUAUGAAAUCCCGGGUCUACUGGAACUGUCUCAUGAACGAGACCAUUCUUGUUCAAGAGCUUCAUCUCCCACCAAGUGGUCUCUCGAGAUUGGAAGAGCAGGUUCCGAUCCCAAAAUUCAUUGGCUUCGAGACGAAUGGCUACGGCUCCAACCGUUAUCCCUUAUCUAACGUGGUCGAUGAUUCAUUCUUCCAAUACCACUUUCUCGCCCAGGUCGCGCAUCGAAUUAUCCUCACCCGAAUCAGGCAUUCUCUCUAUUUCUAUUCCGACUCCGGAAAUAUCCCUCUCCCCGCUGUCAACACCGAGCUCCGCCAUCAACUUGAGCAAUGGCGUACCAACCUCCCCCCUACCAUUCAAUUCACCGACCAUGCUCUCCAUCCUUCGCAUCCUACACCUGGGGAUCACUCUAUGCAUCAUCCGUCUCCUGGAACACCUGCCUCACCACACCCAAUCUCCUCGCCACGACCCAUGGAUCCUAAUCGACCACUGUCCCCCGCAGUGGCGAUAACAGAUGCUAUGCUUCGCGGACGAUAUAUGAUUGCGCAAUUCCAUAUCGGCCGCCCAUAUCUUUACAAGGCUCUCCGCAUUCCGAACAAAUUAACCGAUGAUGAUAUUGAGCAGAUUAAGAGUGGAUUGCGAAAUGCUAUGGAUUGGCCUAUUACGCAAGGUAUCUUCCGAAAGAUGACGAGCUGCAUUCCGAUUAAGUUUGCCUUUUGCUCUCAAUUCUUCGGUCAGAUCCUACUAUUCUAUUGCAUCGCACACUCACCUAGUGCUCGCGUGCGUGAUACACUCCCCUUGGGCUGGGAACGAUGGAACGAUGAGAUGAUGCGCUUUUUGGAGGACUGCGCAAGGCAAAGUCCGGCUGUUGCGCAGGAUUUGGAGCUUCUACAGUCUCUGUGGCCUCAGCAUGAAUGA